AUGUCUAAGAAAUCGGGGGCUCAGAAAAACAAAUCUACCGAGGUGCUGGAUGAUUUUUCAGGGAAUAUGGAUUCUGAACUAAAUAGUGUUUUAUCACAGCUAGCGGCUGGCAUGAUAGGAUUACAAAAAUCCUUUGAGGGCUUAUCUAUGAUUGUGAAAGGGGGGUCAGACAAAAAAGAUGUUUGUAGCGAGAGUAAGGCGCCAGAUCACAACUUUAUUUAUAUAUGGAACGAAUUGGGGGGUAAUGACGUUGUUUUCAGCCCGGAGGGUAGGAAACACCCACAGGCUUAUAUAAAAAAGUUAAAGAAAUUAUUUUUGGAUGCUGGUGUUCCGGAUAGCCACAAGAUCGGACUUGCUGUUUCUUGUUUGCGGGGUACAGCGGUGGAUUGGGCAGCAAUGAAAGAGGAUACUUGGCUAUAG